AAACACAGCAGACGUAUUCGAGCAGGGAGACGCGUCUGAUAUAAGGGAACUCACACACAAACAAACAUCCCAGACCACGGACACUGUACCUGAAGACCCCACAACUUCAGCAACAUACACAACAACAUGUUUCGAUCAUCGAUCUCCAUCUUCGGUAUCAGGACUCCACGGCCAGAGCAAGAUGUGGAGAACUUACCUGUGGAGAAUUCACCUGCACCACAGUCCCAAUCCCGGUUUGCACGUUUCUCUACCAAUGCGAGAACUAUAGUCGGCUCUUCAGUAUAUUCGCAGUCACCAGGGCAAUCGAGAUGGAAAACACCAAAGAUGCCUUCAAUGGGCUUUGCUCGCCGCCCAGCUUCAGCCGACCUUGAUACUGUCAUCGACUCCUCCAACGGAUCAAAUUCAGCUCUAGCUUCACACUCGGCCGCAUCCUACGUCGGUGCGAUCUCGCAAGAGCAGAUCCGAUCGCCACAACAAACAUACAAUCGUCACCCCGCAGACGUACCACUGCCACGACAAGACCCCUUCGUCGACCCUGAAGUCCAAGAAAUAGCAGAUGAGAUUAACCAUGGACCACGACGACACCGCAGGCGCAAGAGGAGAAGGCAGCACCGCGCUGAUCACUGGACGCGCAAGCGAAGCGACAGAGGGAAGCUCAUGCCCUUUGUGCGUGGCGCAGCAGCGCGUGGAAAGCUCAUUGCGUGUAUCAUCUCCGGUACCUUGCUUAUUAGUGUUCUCACGAUCUACCUCGCAAUCGCCCUCACAAACAAAGACAUCGGCCAAGAGAUCCACAUCCUCUUCAUCCUCAUCCUGCUCAGCAUAACAAUCUUCUUCUGCCACUCCCUUAUCCGGCUAUGCAUGCUGCUCCUCAACCCGCCACGCGAAGUCGAACGCCGACCCGUCCCCAACCUCACUGCGCCAGAGGGCUUCCAACCCAUCGUCCCCAUCCCCGUUCGCCUGGCCCGCGACGACGAGCUUGACUCCGACAACGAUAUGGCCGACAUUGAAGCCGGCGACCCGGAAAAGGAGGUCCUGCCUCCCCCGCCCCCGGCAUACGGGCUGUGGCGCAGCAGUGUAAGGGUAGAUCCGAAUUUGCUGCACUGGCAGCGCGUGGAGGAGAAUAGAGCGCAGUCUGCUAUUUCGAUGCCGAGGAGCAGGAACGAAUCUGUAGUUGCGGCGAGCACGCAUGAUGCGCCUGCCGCUGAAACAGCUGAGGGUCUACGGCCGCCGAGCUAUAUGUCUGAAGACGGCGUGAGUUAUAUCACGGAUGCUGCACCCAGGAGUGUGGCACCUGCAGAUGCGCCUGCGCCUGCGCCUAGUGGUAUCCACCCUGCGUGGCGGACAAGCUAUGUUAUGAGCGAGAUCCGACCAGGUGAAGUGCCUGCCUCCAUGGGCCGACGGUGAUAGGUCGUUCACUUGUUUCGUUUCAGCGUUGUGUACUGUAUCUAGUGGUUCCUUAUUUGAGCG